UUUGUCAGGAGGGUUCCCCCCCCACCCCCAGCUCAGUCUUUUCAAAUGUUCUCCCUUCCCGCCGGAAUAAUGCUGUCAGUGGAUAUAUUUUUGACGUUCAUGGAUUUCGAGACGCGUCUAGUGGAUCGGAUUAUCAAGAAGACCGCGAGCCCCGCUUUUUAACCCGGUUGAAACAAUUAGGCGGCGCCGCACUAACUCAGUUGUCCGUGUCUCUGGUCCACCGGGCCGGUUCACUGCGCAGGUUUGGACCGCGCGCCAUUUUGUGAAAAUUGACACAAAAUUUCUAACCAAAAUUUUUUUUUAUCAGAGGACACGGCUUCUGCACGGCCGGUAAAAUGCUCCAGGUAUAACCGCGUUGUCGCGCUCGUCGAGGUGACCGACGUACCAAACCGCAAAGACGGAGCGUUGAAUCGGAAUUUGGCACAGCGUUUAUUUAGCGGCGGCUAAAAUUGUUAGCUUCGGGCUAGUCAGCGGAACUAGCUGACGUUAGCUGCGCUCAUUUUGUCAACCAGCUAAGGUUAGCCAGUAAGUUACGCGUGCUAGUUAGCAUGUUGCUUGUCAUCAGCUGAUAGGCAUAUUUGAUAAAACUGCUUCGACCGCGGACGCUGUUCGUCAAAAGUUCGGGCCAUGAAGCGCACACUGGUUUCGACUGGUGGGUUAUUUUAGCCGGCCAGAGGACGGGGGAUUGGAUUUACUCGCUAACCGUGCAGGGAGGUGGAGAAUCAAGCUGGAUAAGUUUCCUCAUCAUACAGGUUAUUGGACUUUAAAUGAAGACCGUGCCAUCAGAGGUAAGUAAAGCGGAUUUAUUGRACGUAGCGUCCGUUUGUUUGGGCUUUCUUUUCACAGAUGUGUGUCCUGUGCAGCGUGAAUAGUUAACAAUGAUGGACGCGGUAGUGAAGUUAAAAAUGGUAGCUUUUUUUUUUCUUUUUGGUGUGGCGGCUAACGUUAUGUUUUAGCCAGGGUUUGCUUUCAGUCAGUAGGUCAGUGGAAGGGAUUUUAAUGUUGGACAUCCCAGCUGAGCUUUAUAACUGGACGUAGAGUCACGCUGACACGGUGUUAACAGCGUUUGCUAGCCCCCCUGCUAUAUCAGACUGUCAUUGUAUGAUUGAAGCCGCGUUAGCUUUACCUCCCCCGAUUUGAUCUGCUCAGUGCAGCGGUCUAACCGUGCUCAAAUCAGGGGUGGAUGUGGAUUUUUUUUCCUCCCUUUUUUUCUUUGCAMCUCAUAAGCUAACCUGGCUAAUGGCUAACUUGUUGACGAACCAGCUUUGAAUGGGGCCCCACUUUAGCCCCGCUGGCUGCACGUCGGUGCUGGUGAGCUGAUCUGCUCGUCUCGUCCCGCAGUUUUCAGGGCAACGACGACACACACACACACACACACACACACACACACACACACACACACACACCGACACACACACACACACACACACACACACACACACACACACAAAAAACCGCUCGUGCUAGUUUUAGUCCUCUGAUAGCGCGAGGCUGGAUGUCAUCUAUUUGAGGAUUUGGAGUCCCUCCACGGACAAUAAAUGUAGCGAGAGAGAGGAGGGACAGGGGAGGGAAAUGAACGCUGAAUAUGCUCCCUAAAUUCCAACCAUGACGAGAUCUACCCCUUCAUCUGAGGAGAGACUUCAGCAUGCAAACCUUCGUCCGUCCGGCUUGCGCCCUCUUUUUCUUUACACACUGCUGGUCUUCAGAUGGCUGCUCCAAUGCCCCAUACGCACCAGCAGUACAGUGACCGCCACCAGCCAAGCACUGACCAAUCUGUUACGGUCUUACCGUACAGCGACCAGACACCACAGCUCACUGCCAAUCAGAGGCACAUGCCCCAGUGCUUUCGUGACCCAACUUCAGCUCCCCUGAGGAAGCUCUCCAUUGACCUUAUCAAAACCUACAAACACAUCAAUGAGGUGUAUUAUGCAAAAAAGAAGCGACGGCACCAACAGGGUCAGGGUGAAGACUCCAGUCACAAAAAGGAGAGGAAAGUCUUUAAUGAUGGCUAUGACGAUGAUAACUAUGACUACAUCGUCAAGAAUGGGGAGAAGUGGAUGGACCGCUAUGAAAUUGAUUCCUUGAUAGGAAAAGGGUCGUUUGGACAGGUUGUGAAAGCGUAUGACAGAGUGGAGCAGGAAUGGGUCGCCAUUAAGAUCAUUAAGAACAAGAAAGCUUUCCUCAAUCAAGCCCAGAUAGAAGUGCGCCUCCUGGAGCUGAUGAACAAACAUGAUACUGAGAUGAAAUACUACAUCGUUCACCUAAAGCGACACUUCAUGUUUCGGAACCACCUCUGCCUCGUGUUUGAGAUGCUGUCAUAUAACUUGUACGACCUGCUCCGAAACACCAACUUCCGCGGCGUCUCGCUCAAUCUCACGCGGAAGUUUGCCCAGCAGCUAUGCACGGCGCUACUCUUCCUGGCCACGCCUGAGCUCAGCAUCAUCCACUGUGACCUGAAGCCCGAGAACAUCCUCCUCUGCAACCCCAAGAGGAGCGCCAUCAAAAUAGUGGACUUUGGCAGCUCGUGCCAACUGGGACAAAGGAUAUACCAGUACAUCCAGAGUCGCUUCUACCGUUCCCCAGAGGUGCUGCUGGGAAUGCCCUAUGACUUGGCCAUCGAUAUGUGGUCCCUGGGUUGCAUCUUGGUGGAGAUGCACACUGGAGAACCUCUCUUUAGUGGAGCCAAUGAGGUGGAUCAGAUGAACAAAAUAGUUGAGGUUCUUGGUAUCCCACCUAAUCACAUAAUGGACCUAGCCCCUAAAGCCAGGAAGUUCUUCGAGAAGCUUUCGGAUGGUACAUGGAGUGUUAAGAAGACCAAAGAUGGCAAAAGGUAUAAGCCUCCAGCUUCACGGAAGCUCCAUUCAAUCCUGGGUGUGGAGACAGGGGGUCCAGGUGGCCGGCGGGCGGGGGAGUCUGGUCACGCUGUCGCUGACUACUUGAAGUUCAAGGACCUGAUCCUGCGGAUGUUGGACUACGACCCCAAGAGUCGCAUCCAGCCCUACUAUGCCCUGCAGCACAGCUUCUUCAAGAAGACUGCGGACGAGGGGACCAAUACGAGCAGUAGCGUGUCUACAAGCCCCGCAUUAGAGCAAUCCCAGUCUUCAGGAACCACCUCCAGCACCUCCUCUAGUUCAGGAGGAUCGUCUGGGACUAGUACCAGCGGCAGAGCCAGGUCAGACCCCACCCAUCACCACUUGCACAGUGGAGGACACUUUGGCACGACAAUGCCAGCUAUUGAUGGUGACAGCCUCUGUCCACAGGCCAGGCAGCCGUACCCACCCCCGCUGGUGUGGGGAGGUGGCGUCGGUCCCGAGUCAGUCACUGGAGAGACCCACCCAGUUCAGGAGACCACCUUCCAUGUCCCCCCCCAGCACCCCAAGGCCCUGCACCCCCACUCCCACGCUCAUCACCACCACGGGCCGAUGAUGGCCACGCGUCCACGUCCGCGCCACUACACCUCCCCGACACACAGCUCUUCAACGCAGGACUCCAUGGAGGUGGUCCACGGCCACCUGUCCAUGACCUCCCUGUCUUCCUCCGCCUCCUCUUCCUCGACAUCGUCCUCUUCCACUGGGAACCACGGCAACCAGGCCUACCAGCUCCGCCACCUGCCCGCCGGAGCCCUUGACUUUGGUCAGAAUGGUGGGCUGAGCAUGGGGCUAGGUGCCUUCUCGAACCCGCGGCAGGAGACUGGCAUGGCGGCGCACCCUGCGUUCUCCAUGGGCACGAACACGGGGCCGGCCCAUUACCUAGCAGAGGGCCACCUGAGCAUGAGGCAGGGCAUGGACCGGGAGGAGUCUCCAAUGACUGGAGUGUGUGUGCAGCAGAGUUCCAUGGCCAGCUCGUGACUGCACUGACAUUUUUGGCUGUGUGUUCCCCCUGUGCGUCAUUUUUAAGGUGGUGUUUUUUACUACAAGGUGUGUUGAGAACAAAAAGCUGCUCACGUCAGAAGGGAGAUAUCACUGAACCGCUACUACGYAGAAAAAAACCUUUGUUUAAAAGUAUAUAUGUAAUUUUUAUGAGUUUUUUUUUUCUUUUCUUUUCUUUUGCAAUCAUUAGGCACAAAAUAAUAACUGCGGAAUAACCAUAGUGAGAUUGAGACAUCCAUCUUACCAUUUCACCAGUUUCAUGUAACCACAAAGUAAUCACCAUUUGGUAUUAUGUGGCAAAAUCUACGGAGCAUUUCAGAGCAGAGAUUCGGAGCUAGCUGUUGGUGGUGAAAUGCUUGGCGUCCUCUUUAGGUUCGAACCGUGGAGCACCUGACAUUACUGCUCCACUGGUUGGUAAUGAUUUCUGCCCUUUUUUUAUGUUUUGAAAGUGAAGUUUCACAUAAAAAAAUCAGCUGCUUGUAAAUCCUGUAGCUUGACAACGAUGGGG